AUGGCCUUCGCCGCCGUCCUCCGCGCCCGCCCCCUCGCGGUGCCCCCUCCGCUAUCCACCUCCACGGCACCGCCAUUCUUCGCCACUUCGGCCUACGCCUGUGUCCCGCGCCUCACAGCAGCAGCAGCAGCAGCAGCACGAGCCGUACGGUACCGACGACGGGGCCGGCGGAACCGCGUGGCUGCGGCGAUUACCGCGUCGCUCGACCUCACCGAGGACAACCUGGGGCAGCUGUUCGACAAGUCGGUGGGCAUCACAGGGCAAGUUGAUCUCGCGGAGUUGGACGGGCCGUUCGUGAAGCUCCGGCUCAAGGGCAAGUUCUGGCACACCCGCGCCACCGUGGUCGCGCGGAUCGGCAACUACCUCAAGAACCGCAUUCCGGAAAUCUUGGAGGUGGAGAUAGAGGACGAAAAACAAUUGGAUGAUAGCCCCGCAGCUUUCUGA